AUGGCGAAACGACGACGACGACACGAGCGCCCGAGCGGAAUCAGAACUCCCGACUUCCAUGACUCAAAAGCUGUUCAGCGAUUUCGGCUGGGCAGAACCCCCAACCCCAAGGAAGAUACCCACCCCUGGGAGCCCUAUAUAAGCUCCAGUGCCCGAGUUUGUGCAGACACCUCUCCCAGCUUCUUCGCCUCGCUGAGCUUACCUCACCUCCCUCACGCCAAGAUGUCCUGCUACGACCUGUGCCCACCCAAGAACUCCUGCUACGACCUGUGCCCACCCAAGACCAGCGUGGCUGUGCCCCAGCCCAUCGCUGAGAGCUGCAACGAGCUGUGCGCCCGCCAGUGCCCCGACUCCACGGCCUUCAUCCAGCCGCCCCCCGUGGUGGUCACCUUCCCCGGCCCCAUCCUCAGCUCCUUCCCCCAGCAAGCCGUGGUGGGCUCCGCCGGAGCCCCCGCCUUUGGGGGCUCCCUGGGGCUGGGGGGCCUCUACGGCGCCGGGGCCACCCAGGGCUCGGGGGGCCUCUGCACCUUUGGCAGAGCUCCCGCCUGCAGCCCUUGUGUGCUGCCCCGCUCCUCCAGGAGGAUCUGGGACACCUGCGGGCCCUGCUAG